UGUGGACACACUGGCGCAGCGAGGUAAACACAACGCAAUAUUUCGUCGGAAUUUCACCUGGUUUUCACCUGGUCUGCCGCGCAAUAAACCCGCCCAAUUAGUGCCCGAAGUGCGGCACAGCUAACGAUAAUGCUCGCAUCAAAUGGCAUAAAGUGCGAUGAGAUAAUCGGGCGAUUCGCGCGGCGAACGGCUAACUGCGUGUCAAGUGGAAAAUAAGUGAUCGGGCAGAGGGGGUGGCGGCUGACCAAAAAACAAAAACAAAACGCCAAAGCGAAGAGUGGCAGGCGACAGCAACAACAGCAACAACAGCACAGGGAAGGGCGAGUGAGAGAAAGGUGCGAGAAAUUCACCUGUCCCCGUGAGCCGAUUAAUUGAUGACGUGGAACGCGGACGAAGGACGCGGGCCACAGGAUAUAUACAUAUUUUCCAGUGCUGCACCACAUGCACAUGCAUGCUGCACGAGCACACACACACACUCGCACAACACAUUCAUGCAGAAAACCAGUUGUUUAGUUGUUGCCUCCGCUGCUGCUGCUGCCGAUGAGAAGUGCAAGUGAAGCAGCAACAAAAUCCUGCUCCCGAAAGUACAGAGCGAAGAAAAGGAGAAAAUAGGCGGAAAAGGGCCGAGAGGAAAAGGUGCGACAACGACAAAAGUUGUUUGUCAACUUGUUGCCAAUGUUGCAGCCACAAAGUGGCUGGCUGUACAGGCGGCGGCAACAAAAACCCAGCAUUCUGCAGCGGGCGCAUCCAGGCGAACGUCCCAGCUCCUCCGCAGGAUAAUAGGGAGCUUCCCGAGCGCACCUCAAGGAGUUUUAACUGAAGUAAGAGGACAUCCCGCCCUCGGAUACGGCUCGAAGGCAGGAACCUCUACAGAGCCACACAUACCAGCGACAAACAGGUGGAAAGCACAGCAGAGCCCAUUGGUAGUAUCACACUCUUCUGAGAUUUCCUGGAUUCAUAAGCGAAGGGGUGGUACAUAAAGGAAAGAAUAUUUGUUCCCCACACGUCGGAAAAGAAUUUGGAUAUAAAAACAGGCUAAAGGAAGCUUACUCCAACCCUUUAAAAACCAGGCCAUCGGAUUUUGUCGGAGGUCCCGAGUUCCUGCCAGUUAUUUCGGCUUUUGAAAGUACCCCGCCCGCAACCAUGUCCACGGUUACCAGAAGCGCCAGCGCGAGUCCCAUGGCGCUCAACGGCGUCAUCGAUGCCAGCCUGUUCCCCCUCAAGUCCACGGCCGAUGUGGUCAAUCUGUUCCGCCGCGCCUUGACCUCAGGCAUCGAGCCCGAUCUCACCCUGCUCUCGAUUGUGGUCGGUUACAUUGAGCUGUCUUUGACGACCGGGGAGGCUGCUGCUCAGGCCGCUCAAGCCGCCGCCGCCGCUGCCGCAGCAGGUGACAUCAGUCAGGCGGCGACAGGAAACGACAUCAUCAUGGGCAACAGCGUUCCCUUUCCGGUGGUGACCCACGAGCUAAUAGCUGGGCUGUACAAAAAGUUCCAGACGAUCCUGUCUGUGGUGGAGAAGCCAAAGCCCCAUCGCCAGGCCACCCGAGAGGUGAUCAAGAAGGUGUCGGACGUGAUCUGGAACUCGCUGAUCCGUAGCAGCUACAAGGACCGGGCGCAUCUGCAGAACCUCUACAGCUAUCUGUCCGGCAACAAGUUGGACUGCUUCGGAGUGGCCUUGGCUGUGGUAGCGGGAUGCCAGUUGCUGGGCUACAAGGACGUGCGACUGGUCAUCUCCGAGGAUCAUGCCUGGGUGGUAUUUGGCCAGAAGCGCGUGGAGACCAUCGAGGUGACAUGGCACGGCAAGGGCAGCGAGGAUAAGCGGGGACAGGACAUUCGCCCCGGCAUCGAGUCCGGAUCGUGGCUCUACUUGGGCGGCCUGGCGGUGGUUUGCGAGCGCGGCAUGGAGGUGGCGGCUAUCUGUGCCGCUCUGAACAUUUCGUUGACCUCGAACAGUGACUGCGUGGAGGUGGCAGAGCUCCAGCAGCAGCUCCUGUGGUUACUCUACGAUCUCGGCCACCUCAAGCGCUAUCCCAUGGCCCUGGGCACUCUCGGUGAGCUGGAGGAGAUCCAUCGGACGCAUCCGAGCAUUAGCUGCGAGCAGUUAUAUCGCGAGGCCAUUGAGUCGGCCAGGACCUACUACCGGAACCAUCAUGUGUAUCCGUACACGUACCAGGGCAACUACUACAACCGGUUGCUCAAGUACCGAGACGCCUUUGCCGCCUGGGCAAACGCGGCGGAUGUCAUCCGUUUGUAUACGUACCAGUGCCGGGAUGACGAGGAGAUCUACAAGGAGCUGCUGGACAUUGCCAACGAGCUGAUACCCUAUGUGAUGAAAACGGAGAGUUCCGGUCAUUCGGCGAGAAGUAUCCUAAGAGACUCCGAGGUGUUUGCAAACUUACUGCGGUUCUACGACGGCAUCUGCCAGUGGGAGGAGGACAGCUUGACGCCUAUACUGCACAUUGGCUGGGCCAAACCGCUGGUGAAUAACAUCACCAAGUUUGACUACGACAUUAGGUCGCAGGUGGUCAUCAAGCUGCCCGAGGAUCUGGAGGCGGAGCACGCGAAGGCGGAGCAGGCGAGGGCAGAACAGGAGGCUAAGGAAGCUAGGGAGUCGAAGGAAGCGGCCGGAUCAGAGGCUUUGGAGGGCAACAACAACACGUUGGUCAAAAAGGAAGAGAAAGCAAAACACCCGGAGAUGCCGACUACCUUGGCCGAUCUAACAGCUGCCUGCGGCGAGAAGAUUCUCAAUCCAGACUUCCUGCUCCAGGGCGGAGGUCAGCCCUUUGCCGACCAGAAGCAACAGCCUCCUGGCGGGGAUGCCGAGGCCACAGAGCUCCACAAUAACAACAAUAACAGCAACAGCAAUAACCACAACCACAAUGCGGACAAAAAGGAGGCUCCAUCAACUACCGCAACAAGCACAAGCAAUGGCAGUGGCACCUCUGUCCAGUUGCCCGUCUCCAGUGAGGCUAGCAGUGCCACGGGCCAAGCUCAAGCUCAAACUCAAUCCCAAUCCCAAAAUCCAACAAACGCCCAACAACUGGGAAAACCACAACCACAGCACAAAGAAGCUAAGAAAGAGGAGACAAGCGACGACUACGACCCCUUCGAGAUAAUGCUGAAGAGGCCAGUGAUCACCUUGUACAGCCAGAAGAUGAAGGGCCUGAAGGAUCUGCUGCUGGCCGAGAAGCUCAACACCCACGCCAUUUCCCUCCAGGUCACCGCCCAGUCGGUGGCCUCGCGAAAGGUUCGCGGAGUGGAGAAGCAGUCGGCCACAAUUUCAGCCACCAUCACGGCCAUUUCGUCGAGCUCCGCAGAGGGCGUUCUAAGUGGCGUCGCUGGUGGCGGUGGCAGUGGCGCAGGAGCCAGCGGAGGAGCGUCGUUGGCAUCAUCGUCCGCAGGAGGAGAUUCAAUAGCCGCGUCACGUCCAAAGAGAACGCGCCGCGAGUAAUUCUCAUUGUUGUGUAUUACGUAUUGGAAAACUUUUAUUAAUCAUGUGCAAGUCGAGGUGGUUCGAUUUUCUUUUGCGUAUCAAAACCAUUUAAAGUUUAACAGGAUCCAGCUACUCUGAUUUUUAAGCACAAUAAGUCAAAAUGAACAAAAUCAAAUGGAAUAUUUUUCUUAUAAACUUGAAGAGACAAUUACAAAUUGUGGAAAAAUCGAGCCACCCCUGUAACCAUGCAUGUGACAUAUAUGCUAUCAUAUUUUUGAUGUUCGAUGUGUAUUUAUGUAGUUCGUAAGCGCGUGACAAAACAAAAACUAAGCCGUUAUAGAACGCCUAGCGUUUAAAAAAACAAAUAUAAGAAGUGGAACAAACACACUGACAUGUCCCAACAAACAAAACAGGCACACGAAACGCUAAGCUAUGCUAAGUAUUUAUAACGUAUUUUUAGCUGUUAUACUUUUUCUCCUACGUAUUUAUUACUACAACUAUGUUUUGCCCUCCUUUUUUAUUAAUAUUGUUUAAGCGUAACUUAAAUUGGUGCUCUCCUUCGAAAUCGAAGCAGACAAAGCGGUUCUGUCUUUGUUUUCGAUCGCAAGGAUAUAAGAAACUUGUAAAUGGUGAUCGAAAUCAGAGACGGCUGCCGAGCUGCUCAUCAUGAUGUAUUUACUUUAAAGCAUUUUAUCGAGGCUAAGCUGUUUAAGUUGUCUCCACAUACGAGUGUAUAUCCUGUAUAUUUAAGAAUUCGAAACUUUGUUACGAACUGUUGACUUGAAGCAAUGCAGCAGUUGGCAAACCCAAAUGGCAAACACAAGAAUACAUAUUUAACACUUCCUCUAUA